AUACGAAGAACAUUCGACUGGAUUUCCUGCUCCAGAAUCCCAUCACCCACAGCCUUAUAGCCCAUUGCAUGCCAAUAAAUCUGAGUCAGCGUGACUCUGCUGUAAGUCAGAACGGACUCUUUCUGUGCCGGAGAUGAGGAGCAACUUGAAAAGAUUUUGGCCCUUCGGCUCUUCAGCAGCAGUAGGCGAUCAUGACACGAGAAGUGCAUCGCCAAAACGAAGCCGGAUUUUGGGUUUCGUCUCGGACGCAGAAGGAGGGGAGAACCAUCAGAAUCCAGGAAGUGUUCCAUGGGAAUUAAAUAAUGUUCCAGGAACAAUGCCGAAUCAAUUAUUGUCUUCCCUCGGAGCUUUAUUCCAGACGGAAACUUCAAGAGAUGACCAAGAACAAGAUCCAAAGCUUUCAAUUUCGGAGUUCCUAUCGAUCCUGGACGAGGACCAUAUGAUUCAGUUAACGGAAUAUUUUCUGGACCGGCUGGAACCGGCGGCUGAAAGAGUAGUUGAAGGACUCAGCUUGAUGCUGAAGGAGGAGAAGCGGUUCAGUGCAGAAGAAUACGGGAGAGUCACUGAGCACGCAAAAAAGGGUGACAGGACAGGCGGUUCGAAACUCUUCCUCAGUCUAGUGAUGGAGAAAGGCUUCGGUGCCCAAAGGGUGAUGUGGGAAGCGUUUGUGAAAAUGAGAAAUGAGUCGCCAAAGCUGGACAAAAUCCUGAACGAAAUCCUGAAAAUCGGUCCCUAUGUAUUUGAAUCCAUGAACAACGGCCAAGAUUUACCAGAAUUACCCUGUCAGCUACAAGACGUUCAACAGAAACACAAGGAAAUAUUGCGAGAGGAAAAUGAAAGAAUGAAAAUAGAAACAAUCCCGGAGGCGGAAGAGGACAGUGAGUACUUCCAGUUGCCUGAUCAAUACUGUGAGCUCACAGUGGUUCCCACUGACCGAGGCUGGAGGAUAACGGAACAUGAGCUGUGGGAAGGAGAUCGGGACAAUGAGGAGUGGAGAGAUAAACUGGAAAAGAACUAUAUUGAACUGGAAAAACUGCGAACGGAACAAUUGUUCUGCAGCAGCUAUUCAUUGAGUAGAAUCACAUUUGGUAGUUCAGUAGCAUUGCUAGGAAUCCCAGGGAUCGGGAAAACUACACUGCUGCAAAAGAUUAUUUAUGACUGGGCCACGGGGAAAAUAUUUCAGCAGUUUCAAUUUGUCUUCAGUUUCAAAUUCAGGGAUUUGAACAAAAUUAAAGACAAAAUAAACCUGACGGAACUGAUUCUGAAUCAAUAUCAACACCUUGGGAAUGUCUUGGGAGAGGUCUGGAAGAACCCGAAGGCAUUGUUGUUUAUAUUUGAUGGUUUGGAUGAAUUCAAGCACAGAAUCGAUUUUACGAACAUUCGGAGUAACGCACGAACUCAGCAUACGUGCCCGGAUCCUGAGUGGCAAUGUGAUGUGUCUGACAUUGUGUUCAGUUUAAUCCAACAUGAACUGCUCCCAGGGUGUUCAGUGCUGGUGACCACCCGUCCCACUGCGUUACAUUUAUUAGAAAAGGCAGACAUCGCUCUGUGGGCUGAAAUCCUGGGAUUUUCUGUUGAGGAACAAAAGGAAUACUUCGGUAGGUUUUUUGAAGAUCAGACAGUGGCAACGUCUGCAUUCAAACUCCAAGAGGAGAACAAGAUCCUUUACAGCAUCAGCUAUAAUCCACUCUACUGUUCAGCGAUCUGCCAGUCACUCGGGGACACGUACGUAAAAACAGACAACAAGCGGUGGGAUCUGCCGAUUACUAUAACACGAACCUUUUCCAGGCAUAUUCACAACAUCCUGAAACACCACGGACGUGGCACUGAGAAACCCGAAGACGCGCUGAUGAUGGUGGGUAAGAUGGCUUUCAACGGAGUGUCCGAGAAGAAGACUGAGUUUACAGCUGAAGAUCUGAUUAAAUACGAUUUGAAACCUUCCAGCUUCCUGUCUAGUUUCGUGAAGGAACUGCUGAAGAGGAAAAAUUCCACGCGGAGCGUGGUGUACGCAUUUACUCACCUCAUUAUUCAACAGUUUGUUGCCGCACUCACGCAAUUCCUGCGUACUGAUCCUGGGGACAUCCUGAAGCUUCUCGAUGAAGUCCAUCGUGCAGAAGAUGGCCGAUUUGAGGUAUUUCUUCGAUUUGUCGUCGGCCUCUCCCACAGCGGAUCAGAUUGGACUCUACAGGAAUUCCUGGGUCCGUUUCCUGAUCAGACAGCUCAACAAGUUAACAAAUGGGCGCAGAAGGAGAUUGCCCUCCAGAUUGAAAGCACAGAGACCGCACCCAACAAAAGGCAACUGCUGAAUGCACUACAAUACGUGAUUGAAUCUCAGGAUCGAACAUUAGCUCAGGCUACAAUGGGAUCUGCGGAAAAUAUUUCAUUCAGUGGAUCGCUACUGACUCCAACUGACUGUGCCAUCCUGUCUGAUGCUGUUGAGCUCAGUGACACUAUAAAACACCUCAAUUUGGAGAGCUGCUAUAUCGGGCACGAAGGACUCCAGCGACUGGGACCAGUGAUUCAGAAAUGCCAGGAACUGGGACUGAACUGCAAUCAGUUGCGGGAUUCAGGAUUGAAACUGUUGUCUGAAUAUUUGAUGAAACCGAACUGCCAAAUACAGAUACUUCGGCUGGCUAUGAACGGCCUCACGGAUUAUAGCGCCGACGACCUGGUCUCCAUUCUCCAUAGAAGCUGCUCACUGCAGGAACUGGACCUGAAUUAUAAUGAGCUGGGCGACUCGGGCAUGAAAGUGCUAUCAAAGGCUUUAGAAAACCCGGAGUGCAAACUCAUCAAGCUACGGUUGCGCGCAAACUGGCUCACGACAGCUUCUGCCCAGGAUCUCGCUAGCGCUCUCGGCAGCAACCGAUGGCUGACGGAACUUGAACUGGGUAACAAUGAUCUGGGGGAUGCGGGAGUGGAACUUCUGGCCGAAGCGCUGAUUAACGCGGACAGCAAGCUGCAGACGUUGGACCUGUGGUGUAAUGGCCUCAGAGAUUCUUCCGCCGAAAGGCUCGCCUUCACUGUUGUUAGAAACCGUUCACUGCCGGAGCUGAUCCUGGGUGAAAAUGAACUUGGAGAUUCAGCAGUGAACCUGGUUGCGGCGAUUAAGACUGAGUGGGAAUGUAAAACGAAGACACUGUGCCUGACAAAGACCGGUCUCACAAAUUCUUGCGCCGAGGAACUCGUUUCCGUCCUUCUCGAAAUGUGCGCUUUGACACGCGUGAAUCUGAAUUACAACUGCUUCACAGACCGAUCGAUCCCCUCUUUCAACUAUCUGAUUAAGAAUCACGGUGGCCUGGAGUAUAUUGGGCUGGAGGGGAAUCGGUUCAGUUCUCGCGGACGGAAUCAGCUCAAGACACUGCAAAAGUCUCGACAAGGACUGACAGUGGACCUGUAAACAAAUCAGAGCAUCGACGCAUUCACCCUCGGGAUGGGGCUAUAUAUAUUUUGCCUCAAACUGCGUCCUCCUCUCCAAAUAGCAGUGACCCGGUUCAGAAACACAAUGACGCUGAGGCUGCGUCCUUUCGCGUUGUGACGUCAGAGCCCCAGACUGACCCAAAGCGCAACUCUCAGACCAUAUGCUCCUGUUUGCCCACCGCAUACUGUCUGCAGGAUCUCUUGCAGAAGAACCAAGAGAGGAUCCAGCACUCUCUGAGCUACAGUAGCCCACCAGGGGAAUAUGACCGUAACGUAGAGCCAUAAUAGAAAUCUGGAAUAGAAGUUGCUUCUGCAGUACGUUUAGGAAAGCGGUUAGCGGAAUUAUUUUGCUUCCCUGUGUUGUUUCUGUUUAAGGGGAUUCUAUGUAUACAGAGUAUAAUUUUAAGCAAAAUGAAUGUAAAUCAACACCUUGUAAUUCAGUAUCAAGUUCGUUUAAAUACAGGACAGAUGGAUUCGAUUUGUAUGAA